GAGCGUAAAUUAAACAGAGAGUAGUGUGAUCGAACGAGAGAGAGAACGAGUGAGUGAGAGACGGAAAAAAAGAAAUAAUACGAAUACACCUAAGCAAUUACAACAGAGCAUUCACUUCAGAGCAUACGAAUGAUUUUGACGGGAGUGGAAUUUUUGUUUUUGCUCCGAAUUAAUUCAGUAAAAUAAAGAACAGGAAAAAAACACAUCGAAUUAAUUAAAUUAUUUUUUGCUAUUUUGCCAUAAUUUCUGUCCAAUAUUUUUAUUCGAAAAUUGUCGAAUGGAAAAGCCGCAGAGUAUUUGGCAGAAGUGUGAAACGGGAAAAGUGUGCUUUUUUAAUUAUAUGAAUUGUGUUAUUAGCAAUUUACGAGCAUAAAUUAAAUUCGCUGUGGUGUUUUCUCUACACAUAUUUUUUUUUGUUGUUGUUGCUAUAAUAUCAGUUGUGUUAAGCAGUGCGAUGUGAUUGAAUCAAAGAAGAGAGAAAAAAAACUCGAGCAAACAAUGAUAAUUUAUCGCACGAAUUCCAAACGCAAUUACAUCCUCCGGUUCAUUAAUUGCACAAUAAUAAUAAGUAUCAUCGAUUCUGGUGAAAGAACUGAUUUGUAAAUCAACAAUAACGAAAAAAAUUAAUAAUAAAAUUUUGUUCGAAAAUCGGGCACAAAAGAGAAGCGAAUUGUUUAUACAGAAAACGAUAGAUGUGAAUGCUCUGUGUUUAACACACAUUGUGUUUAGUUUGACAACAAUUGAAUCAUAUCACAUAAAGACUGAGAGCGAAAGAGAUAAUGUAGUGUAUGUUCCGGAUUUGGGACGUUUUAAAACAACGUAUAUCGCUAAGGCAACAACAGUUUACAAGUGAUUUGGAACGUGAAAGAGUGUUUUUUUUUUUAUUUGUGUGUUGAUCGAUUACGGAGCCCGUAUGAAAAGAGGAUUUAUGUUGAAUUGUGGCAAGAAAAAGUAUCUAAAUAAAAGUGACAUAUCGAAUGUUGCAAAGAUGGCGGAAGCCAUUGACGAUGAUAUUAACAAUAGCAACAAUAAGUCGAAUAUUGCUGCUGCUGUCGCCGUUGCCGCUGCUGCUCAAGUCGCAAGCAAUAGCGGUAAUGGUGAUAUGAGUUUUGUGAGCAACAACCACAGCACCAAUUGUAAUUUGAACGGCAAUCAAAAUAGCAGACGAUCAAUGCAUCGAUUCUCAUGUUCGCGAUGCUGCAAUGACAUCUUCAACUAUUUGAUGCGAUUUCGUGCUAGUCCAGAAGAGUUGGAACAACGAUACAAAUCUCGCGAAAUCGACAAAUUUUUGGAAAAAGAUAAACAUACAUUCCGACGACAGGUGAAAUUGUUGUUACUGGGCGCUGGUGAAUCUGGAAAGUCAACGUUUUUGAAACAAAUGCGAAUUAUUCAUGGCAUUAAAUUUGAGCCCGAACUAAUGCGAGAAUAUCAACAUGUAAUUUAUCAAAAUAUCGUACGAGGUAUGCAAGUAUUAGUCGAUGCCCGUGAAAAAUUGGACAUUGUAUGGGAGAAUCCAACAUCGGAAUUGGCGGCGGAACGUGUGCGUAAAAUUCUCCAUGGAAACGAAUUGGACGCUGAAUAUUUUGAAGAAUAUGCACCCACAGUGAAAAUGUUAUGGCAAGACAGAGCUAUUCGAAGGGCAUAUGAUCGUCGAAGAGAAUUUCAAAUCAGUGAUUCAGUAAGCUACUUUUUCGAUGAAAUCGAUCGAAUAGCAAAACCAAAUUACGUUCCGUCCCAAAAAGAUAUACUGCAUUGUCGAAAGGCGACAAAAGGUGUUUAUGAGUUUACAAUUAAGAUCAAGGACAUUCCGUUCGUGUUUGUAGAUGUGGGUGGGCAACGAACUCAACGACAAAAAUGGACAACAUGUUUUAGUUCGGUGACAUCAGUAUUAUUUCUUGUGUCAACAUCGGAAUUUGAUCAGGUUCUGGCCGAAGAUCGGAAAACAAAUCGUCUGGAAGAGUCGAAAAAUAUAUUCGACACCAUUGUAAAUAAUACAACGUUCAAAGGAAUUUCAACGAUAUUAUUUUUAAAUAAAACCGAUUUGCUAGCGCUUAAAGUACGAAAUCCAGAGACUGAUAUACGUUGGUAUUAUCCACAAUUUACAGGCAACCCGCAUUCAAUACUAGACGUUCAAAAUUUUAUACUCCAAAUGUUUAUGAACACUCGACGAAAUACUCACACAGCCAUUUAUCAUCACUUUACCAAUGCCGUCGACACGCAGAAUAUUCAAGUGGUUUUUAAUUCGGUGAAAGACACAAUCCUAAAACGAAACCUAUCAGCGCUAAUGCUCCAAUAGACCACCCCCCCGUAUACGAGAAUAGUCUAGCCCGCGUGAUUUUGAUUGUUAUUGUCACGCUCUCGACUAUAGCAUCGGCUUACGAUUUAGAAGCGCCAGUGACGCAAUAUAUAUCGAAUUCCUAAUCGUUUUAUCUUUGUUUUGAUAAUAUUUUUUUUUGCGUCUCCGGAAACCAACCGAGAUGAUAUCAUAAAAUUACGAGAGAGAGAGAAAAAAAAACAUUAUCUCAAUAUGAACUAUGCAAUUCACUCAUUCGUUAUUUUCACAUUUGGAAUAUGCAUUUUCCUCUUGCAAAAAUGGAAAUUACCUGCGCGUUAUCACCAUCUACCGUUUUUUUAAAGAAAAAAAAAUAUUGUCUAUUUUUAUACAGAUAUUUUUGUUAUGAUAAUUUUUAAGUUGAAAUAAGUGAAAAGUGUAGCCAAAAAAUUUUUUAUUUUGAAUCUGCAGAUGAACACACCAUUUAUUUCGUACAUGAAAUAAUUGGACUCGAAAUAUGAAAGUAUUCUUUGGGUUUUUUUUUCCAAAAAAAAAGAAAAGAUAAAAAAAACAGUUUUUUUAAAUUGUAAAUUCAGAGUCAGAACCAAUAUUAGCUUUAAGAGGUAAUUCGGCCUGAGUUUUUUUUAAAUUCUCCUCUGUAUAUUCAAUACUAAUGCUGUAUACAACAUUUUGAUAUGAAUUUAUUCACACUGAGAAGGAAAAACAAUCAAAAUAUUAUGGAAAACUCGAAUUUCGCUCUAACAGUAUUUAGACUUAAGUUCUAAUUUAAAACUGAAACCGAAAAGCAAUUUAUAUAAAUAUUGUAAAAAUAUACGCACACUCAUUAAACGAUAUAUACUAAAUGAC